UGGCCUAAAGCUUGAAACUGAAAUACUGGAUGGAAAACCUAGGCUGAUAAUAGCUCCUUGUGUGAGUAAGUCCAAACCAAAUAUAAAGAUGUGUAAUAAAAACAACAUCAUAAAACAUACAUCAAGAACCAAACUAAAUGGACAUGUUCUGAAAUCCGUUCAAACUUCCUGCGAAAAGAAUGAAUGUUUUAUAAAACACAAAACUGGAUCAAGACUUUCAGUAACAAAAGGUAUUAAAACACCAGAGACGUUGAUAUGUACUAAGAAUUCAUCGAAAGAACCUUCCAAUAAAGACAAUGCUCUUAUCAUCCCAAAAGAUAGCAUGACUACAAAGCCUGAUCAUACAAGAAUUUCAGUUAAGAAACCUUUGGCAUCCAACAGAAAGUUUAAAAAACAUCCUGUUUCUGAUGAGGAUCUAAGAGACAAUUUGGUGUGUUUAACACAACAGCAGCUUGAACAGAUUUUGAUGGCUGUUAAAGAAGGAACCAAAGGAAUCUCCAAGUUUCAGGAUGAAAAGAAAGAAACAAUAUCGGAGAGCAUAGAGAGCAACAUUCCUGCUGAUCAGGCUGCAGAAGAAAACUUAAUGGGAUUACUCCAGAAGGCUGAAGUUCCACCAGUUCUGAGUGAAAAUAGUUUCAUUUCAAGCAAAAAACAAGGCAUCUCCAAGCAUGCUGAACAAAAAAUAAUCAUGAAUUCAUGGAAACCAGCUGAUAUGUUUAGUACACUGGGAGAAAGAGAGAGAGAUAAAACUUUACUAGAUGCCAAGAGGUCCCAGUGGAAGAAAGAACUAGAUGAACAGGUAGCUUUUAAAAAAAAGCUCAAAGAAACUUUGGAAACAGAAUCAAAAUACUGCCCAUUUUGGCAGAAAACUGAUGUCAUGAGAAGCUACUCAGAAAAAAUGCAAAUGGACCAAGCUAAGAUGGCAUUUUCAGAUGACCUGAGUACUACAACAGAAGAUAACCACACUUGUAGAUGUGUAACUACUGAGGCUACCGAAACAUCACCCAGUUUUUUGAGUAGCCAAACGGAACAGUUUUCUAGUUUCAGUUCUCCUGAUUUACCUGCUGCUAUUCGGACAGCAUUUGUAUUAGGGGAACCAACACCAGUAGAGCAUCCUUUUAGUGCUGUCAAACGUGAACAACAGAAAAAAUGGCUAGAAGAGCUUGAUAAACAGAAAGAAGCUGACAAACUACGAAAAAUGGAAGAGAAAUGUAAUUUAUCAAAGGGUGAAGAGCAUGACAAGUGGACAAUGCAUUUUGAUUCCUUCAGGAAUCAAGCUAACACGUUUUCACAGUGCCCAUUAAAUACAACAUAUAAAAAGCAGCCUGAAGUUUUACACCCUUCCCCUGAGGUUCAGGAACCAUCUCCUUUUAUACCUGCAUCUUCAUGCCAUCUAGUGUCUACAGAGGUUGAAGUUUCAGGACAAACAAUUGGAAACAAUAUUUCAGAGCCAACUCAGAAAACCAGUUUUCUUCGGUCAAUGACUGCCCUUUUGGAUCCUGCUCAAAUUGAGGAAAGAGAGAGGCGACGUCAAAAGCAAUUGGAACAUCAGAAAGCCAUAAUGGCUCAAGUAGAAGAAAAACGGAAGCAGAAACAACUUGAAGCAGAACAAAGGAAACAGGAAGAGCAAGAAGAAGAACAGAGGCUCACAAAAGAACAGGAAAUGAUGAAGAAGCAGUUUGAAGAAGAUCUGUUUAAGCAAAAACAAAAAGAGGAAAUUAUGGCCAAUAAGACAAAUGAGCUGUAUCAGACAAUGCAGAAAGCUCAAGAGUUGGCCCAGAGAAUGAAACAGGAACAGCGUAUUAAAGAUCUGGCUCAGAAGGGGCAUGAUAUUUCUAAACUGCAGAAGAAUCUUGGUAGUGGUGAUGUACAGUAUGAGAAUUAUUGUACUGAUCUGGAUGUCACUGAUCACCACAAUCACUUUUCCAAAGAAAAUGGCAGUACAGUGAAUCGGGAUGUCAAAACUCUUCUCUCCUCGCGGAAGGACACUGCUGUACAGACAGAAACCACUAAGACUGAUGUAUCCCCCAGUACUGAAAAUUCUGCUGUGCAGAUAGGAAGAGUGGACUGUGCAUCUCCUGAUAUUGCCAUAGAAUAUACUAAAGUGGACUUAAGCAGCAAAAAAUGUAAGAAAGAGGCACACUGUCUAGAUAACAAGAUGUCAGAGAAGGAGAAUAUUGUCAGCUAUUGCAAUCUAUAUGAACAGUCCAUACAAAAAAAGAAACAACUCAAAGAAAAGAAUGGGCAAAAACCAGACUGGAACAUAAACAAGCCUUGCAAGAGGUAUAUUCCAGCAUCAGAAAAAUAUCCAAGACGGCUGCAAAAACAAAGGGAAGAAAAGAAAGCGCGUCGACAGAUGGAACUGCUUCAGUUGGUUGAAAGAAACACUCCUGGACAUCUCAGUCAAAAGAGAGUCAUUUCUUCUGGUAGAUCCCCCCUCACCUCGCAGUGAUGAUAAUAAGAACAAGGUGAAUGCAGUGAGAAUGUGGUAUACAAAAACUGUUUUGUAACUUAGCUUGUGAUUGUAUGACAAAUGUAAAUGUUUGCAAUAACAAUCAAAUGGACAAAAGCUCAGAAAGAGAACUCAUACAAGACACAAGGCUCUUAAGUGUAAAUGAGAUGUACUUAGAGGCAACAGUAUGUUUAUUUUGUUUUAUCCAUUUGUUGUUCAAGAUGCUGGGCGAGGAAAUAAAGGAUUCCCUGUAUUCAAGAGGUGCUAGCCUCAUCUGAUCCAGAAAGUGAAUUUUGUUGUGAGCAUAAAGAAGUUUUUAAAAGAGAGAUUCCCCAUCCUGUUGACAUAGUAAAGCCUUGUAAGCCCCA